UUUUCAGUUGUCUACUGUUUUAUCUACCGGUUUCCUGUCACUUGGUAUAUUUGUCAAAAUUUUAUAUGAUUUAUUAUUAAUACAAUUUUUCUUUUAACUAUUAUUUUUUUUUCAAAAUUAUGCAGAUUUGUCCAGCAGAAGCUCUCAAGCGAGAGAAAUCUCUGUCGAUUAUAGAAGCAAAAAAUAAAAUUCGGCUGGGGCACGAAUCUGGUUGUAAUUGUUGUUGUUGCUGUUCUCCACAGCCGAAAUGUUUGAAAUACAUUCAACCAGAAGCUGCAAAAUCCUUCGCUCCAGUCAGGUAUUAUUGGAAACCAAAUAUUGCAGUUGAAGACAAUACUACUUAUAAAUUAUCAUUUUGGGAUGGUCCUAGUACUCGAGCAAAACCUUACAGUCCUGAAGAUUGUUUAACAAUCGGAGAUGGUCCAUUGUCUGAUGAAACGACUCAUAAGUUGAGUUAUCUUGGAAAUUGGUGCGUUCAACCAGAGGCCAAAAUUACACCAUGUGACAAAGAAUUAUUUCAAAGAGGACCAAUACAAGAUGUGACUACUCAAAAACAUGAUUUCACCUGGAAAUCGUUAUCAAAAAUCAAACCAAUAAAAGAACGAAAAAAUUUGUAUUCUCCUUGUGUGUCUAUGUCAGACGACACAACAUACAAAUUAAGUUAUUUUCCUUCCGCUUGUCAUGAAUCUGUCCAAUCAUUCAAACCAAUUUCAAAAUACGAAAAAUCUGAUGUACCAGUAGAAGGUUGCACCACCUAUAAAUUAAGUUACUGGCCCAAUCAAUCACCAGUGAAGGAAGAACAUCCGUGGAAUUUAAAAAGACAAUAUCAUCCACCAGUAACGCCUUUGGAUGAUUGUACAACAUAUAAAUUGAGUUAUUGGCCAAAUUGUGAAAGACCACGAAAACCAUUUACAAUGAAGAAUGCAAAAAAUUUAUUUAAUACCUCAUGUUGUUUUGACGACAACACAACUUAUAAAUUAAGUUUCUUUGGAUGCGGUGGAGACAAAGCGGAUCUGAUAAAGCAACCGGAAAACGUCAUUUUCUCACGUUGCCCACUCUCCCUUGACACCACAAACAGAUUGAGCUACUUAGGGAAUUGGUGCGUCAAACCGGAAGCACCAGUUAUGCCAUGUCGACGCGAUUUGCUUGGUAAAGGACCAUUGCAGGACGUAACGACGCAAAAACACGAUUACACGUGGAAAUGUAAUGUUCCCGACUUUGGUUUUCGACCCGAGGACAAUCUCACGUUUUCGCCACUACCUCUUGAGUAUUGCACAACAAAUAGAUUGUCGUACAUACCAAAUAAUUUCAAGUCUUUGAAAUCGAAUGUGUCUUUUAAACCUAUACAAACAUAUCAACCGAGUGAUGUACCAUUCAAUGCUGAGACGACAAUGCGUCUCAGUUAUCAACCAGUUGAACAUGCUGACAAAGUGGAAAUGCCCUGGUCUGGUAAAAAUUCUUAUCAAAAACCUACGACACCAUUAGAAGAAAAUACAACGUAUAAUUUAAGUUACAUUUCACCAGGAAAAUUUGUUCCUUUUUCUUCCUCUUCACCAUUAUGUCACCAAAAAAAUUUUUGUGAAUUUCCAAUUACGCGAUCAUGUUCUCCGUCCGCGUGUUGUCCUUGUAUUGCUUGUGGAUCAAAUUAAAAAAUUCGAAAUCAGCUGCGUACAGAAGAAAAGGGAAACUUGAAAUAUUUAUUGUAUAUAGUACAAAUGAACAGAAUAAAUUUUAUUUGUGAUGAAAUA